AUGGGAGACUACGGCCCCGCGGCACCCUCAGUCCACCCAACCCCAGUGGACAGCCCAGGCCAGCCCCAGCCCAUACCAAGCGAGAUCUCAGUGCUGAUAACAGGGUUCGGCCCCUUCAAGACCAACCUCGUCAACGCCUCCUAUUUGAUCGCAUCCUCCCUCCCAUCUUCUUUCGCCUUCCCUUGCCCCAAGGGCGCGAACCGCCGCGUCUCCCUCCAUGUGCACCGCACUCCGAUCCCUGUCGCUUAUGCGACCGUUCGCGAAACGCUCCCAACCAUUUUGAGAGAUUACGCUGCGCAGCAUGGUGGUAGACCUGAUAUUGUGCUCCAUAUUGGUAUUGCCUCACCGAGACCAUAUUACUCUGUUGAGUCGCUGGCGCAUCGAGAUGACUAUAAUAUCACCGAUAUCAACGGCCGUACCGGGUACGAGGAUGGCGAGAGGCGCUGGAAACAGUUAGGUCUGCCACCUACCCUGACCCCUGGUCCUGAUUCUGGUAAGGAGGGCGCGUAUCCGCCGAAUGACCAUUUCCUGGAGACAUGGAGGUCGCAUGCUCCGCCGGAGACGGAUCUGCGCGUCUCCAAGGACCCGGGUCAUUAUUUAUGUGACUUUAUCUUUUAUACCAGUUUGUCGCUGGCUAUGAUGGAGAAGCAGGAUCGGAAUGUGGUGUUCCUGCAUGUUCCUGCGGCGUCGGAAGAUGCUGAUAUUGAUCUGGGACGGAAUAUUGCAAUGGCUUUGAUUAAGACUCUGGUAACCUGUUGGAUCGAUGAGAAUAAUUCUGCGUAA